AUGUUUAGGGUUCGGGCUGGAAGUGCUCUUUUUCUGAGGCGUCUCGACCGGCGUAGUGUGUUCGCAGGCCGAUUUAUGGCAUCUUUGGGCUCCAGGCGCGUGGGCCUCUGCCGUAGAGUCGCAGAGGCCCUGUACAGAAUUUUGAAUGUAGGAGUCAGGGGCAGCGCGCCCUUCGCCUAUCAGAUUAUUAUACAGAUGGAGUUACCAUGCAAACAUGCGGUACUGGUGGGCUUGUCGUGUGCCACACUGUCAAGCGUGUUUGUCGCCUGGCAGACAGGAUGGAAGUGCCCCCAGACGUCUGUGGUCAUGGAAACCUCGACCCUACCCACUCAGGCUGUCGAGAAUCGCACCCGGACAAGGCAUGGCAAGGGAAAGGGGCAUAAGAACAAACAUAGUCAGGACUACUUUGAGCACGACGCGCACGAUGGGGUAGAUCAUGAGCAGCUCUCGGCGUGGAUGGAAGUCCCGCAUAAAACGGUGCCAGCGACGGCCCCGCUUGAGGCGACUCUUGAGGCUUCCCCACAGCUGCCCACAACGGGGCCCGCAUUGCCCGCCCAGCCCUUGGCCUUCAACGCGGCACGCUCCGCGCAGCCCGGGCCAUCGUCUGCGCAGCUCUCUGCCCCAAAGGAGUUCGCGACUCGCCCCGAGGAAUGUCCCAUGCGGCAGCGUGCAAAGCAGCAGAUGCACUUCGACAUGGUCCACAAGACCAACUCCUGGGGCAGCGACGCGCGCAUUACCACCAGCGGCACAGGCAGCGACCAGAAGGGUGCUUACGACUGGGUGUAUCACAUCAACCUGUUCAUCUUGCAGCACAACAUUCAGACUGUCGCAGACCUUCCAUGCGGAGAUGUUGCUUGGCAGUUUGCUGUUCCGAGCAUCAACAAGGCAAAGGCGUACUUUGGCGGAGACAUCAGUGCUUCUGUUGCACGACGGAAUGGGCAAGCGUAUACGUCUCACCUUAACAAAGUGUUCCGUCACUGGGACUUGAUUGAGUGUGGAGUACCGCAGUGUUGUCGGGGCGCUACAUGUGAACCGUUCGAUCUCGUCAUCACGCGAGACGCGAUUCAGCACAUGACCGUCUUCGACGGAUUGCUGGCUGUGCGCAACAUCGUGAACUCCGGCGCAAAGUACUUCGCAGUGUCGAGCUAUCCGCCAGAGGCACUUGACCGAAAGGCACUGGGCAUUUUGGGCACGUCGAGGUCUUCAGUCGCCUGGCGCAAUGAGGAAUACAUCCAGAGGUGCCAGAACAGCGACGAGCUGAAACGCCUCUUCUGCAGGGCAGGCAAGCGGGUAGAGAGCACUGGCUGGUUUUACCCCAACGUCAUGCGCUGCUUCCCCUUCAACUUCCCGGCUCCGAUCCUGGACAAGCCGAGCCAUGAGACCUUCAAAAUUGAAGCUGAUCACCUCCAGGUGUACCAGGUCAGCGACCUAAAGUCGGUCGACUGGAACGAGCUUCUCCGCAUCGAGGACCCUUGCCUGCGGAACAAGAAGGCCCGAAAAUCUUGGACCUUGAACGUCCGCGCCGACGGCCAGUGGAGCGAGCCCUGGAAUGGGCAAGUGCGGAACACCGUGAGGUCCCAUGUCUGGUACUUCGCCUUGCUUCACUGCGGUGAGAAGCUGAAAGAUCGGAGCGUCCGGUUCGAGUAUGAGAUCCAGCACUUGAACGAGGGCGCUUCCCAUUUCAGCAUCGAGAAGCGAUGGACGCUCCCAGCGAAUGUGCUCUCGCUGCUUUGCUUCAUGGCCUUUUGCAUCCUCUUCGGCCGAAGGUGCUUCAUUGAGGUGCAGGCGGUGGGCAAACUCCAUCCAGUCAUCUGGGGUCUGGUGGCUGUGGUGAGCUUAGAGCUCGCUGCCCAGUUUCUGCACGCUCUCCACAUCUGGAGGUACGGCUACGAUGGGAGAGGGUUGAGACUAUUCGAGAUUUUGGCGGAGCUCCUGUUUAUUCUGUCUCAGCUGGUGGAGUCCACAUUGCUGCUCCUGAUCGGGUAUGGCUACACCUUGCUUCCGGUGGACAUCGCUCCGGACAUGGUGGUCCUGGCUUUCGGCAUCGGUGCUGUUCUCCACGUGAUUCUGGUGCUGCUGAUCAAGGGCGAGGAUGAUGCGGACAAGUUCCAUGAUUACGAGAGCCUCGCUGGGAAGAUCCUGCUGGCUCUCCGGCUGAUGCUCUUUGCAGGCUUCUUGUGGGCACUGAGCGGUACCAUGCAGGGUGCACCCUUCAGGAUCCGGCGCUUCCUGACGAAGUUCGGCUUCAUCGGCACGCUCUACUUCGUUGGCCCACCUCUUGUGGUGCUCUUGGUGUCCUUCUUCGCACCGUACUGGCGCCCGCCCAUCUUGACCAGCUGCCUGAUCCUCCUGCAGAUCAGCACCGCCUGGUGGCUGAACCACCUCUUCCUUUCGCGGGGCGAAUUCUUUGAGGUCUCAGAGCUGAACUCCUCGGCCCUCCCGGGCGGAACGCCGCGGAGCGGAGCAGGCGGCACGCCGCGGAGCGGCACACCCCGCAACUCCCCGCGCUACGACCCGGACAAGCGUGACUAG